CAUGAGCUUGCGCGUUUAUAUAUGUCAGAAACCCUGGAAAAACCCUUGCAGAAGCAGGCGGACAGAGAAUGAAUACUCCAAGUUCAAUCCACGACGAAGAUGAUCAUGAUGACGGCGAGGUUUUCCUCGACGACGCUGAUAUCAUCCACGAAGUUACCGUCGACGACGAAGAUCUUCCCGACGCGGACGAUGAUGGUGGCUCUGAUGAUGAAAUUGGAGAGGGACCUGAUGAGUCUAUGCACAUAUUCACUGGUCAUACUGGUGAACUCUAUACAGUUGCCUGCAGUCCGACAGAUCCUACAUUAGUGGCAACUGGAGGCCAGGAUGACAAGGGGUUUCUUUGGAAAAUUGGUCUGGGAGAUUGGGCUUCCGAACUCCAAGGUCAUACUGAUUCUGUAUCUAGUUUAGCCUUUAGUGUUGAUGGACAAUUACUUGCAUCUGGGGGGAUGGAUGGAGUUGUCCAAAUUUGGGAUGCUUCAUCAGGAAACUUUAAAUAUAAAUUUGAAAAUCCUGGAGGGGAAAUUGAGUGGGUCAGAUGGCAUCCAAGAGGGCAUCUUAUCUUGGCUGGUUCUGAAGACUCUAAUGCCUGGAUGUGGAAUGCUGAUAAAGGUGUCUUUCUUAAUAUGUUCUCUGGACAUGGUAGUAGGGUGACUUGUGGUGAUUUUACCCCUGAUGGCAAAACAAUCUGCACUGGAUCUGAUGAUGCAACAUUGAGGAUAUGGAAUCCAAGGAGUGGAGAAAAUGUGCAUGUUGUGAGAGGCCAUCCAUAUCACAGUGCAGGACUUACAUGCUUGGCGCUGAGUUCAGAUUCUACUCUUGCCAUUACUGGUUCACAGGACAAUUCUGUCCAUGUUGUGAAUAUAAUAACUGGGAAGGUAGUCAGUUCUUUGGUUUCUCACUCAGAUUCAGUGGAAUGUGUUGGCUUUGCACCAAGUUCCCCUUGGGCUGCAACGGGAAGCUUGGAUCACAAGCUUAUCAUUUGGGAUCUACAGCAUUCAUCACCUCGCUCCAUUUGUGAUCAUGAGGAUGGAGUUGCAUGCUUGACAUGGCUUGGCACAUCUAAAUACUUAGCUACAGGAUGUUUGGAUGGAAAAAUAAGAGUAUGGGAUAGCCUCUCUGGUGACUGCAUAAGAACUUUCAGUGGCCACGCAGGUGCCAUUCAAUCUCUCUCUGCUUCUGCUAAUCUGGAUUUCCUUGUUUCAGCUUCUAUUGAUGGAACCGCAAGAGUGUUUGAGAUUUCUGAGUUUCGGUAAGCAGUGUUGUUAAAUACAUGAGAUGGAAUUCGAAUCUCACUACUGUUAUAAAUUGCCAUUUUUAUGUACUGGGAAAGAAAUUAUUGCAAUAUAUGCAGUAUUCGAUGA